AUGGCACCGCCGGCCAGCGCCAGCAAGUCCAGGCCUCAGAAGGGAGGCCUCAAAAGACUUGAGAAACCGUUGGUGAAGCAUCGCACGUCGCGUUUCUCACGAUGCGGCUACUGCAUGAUCUUUCUCGUCCUGGCUGUUGCGUGCGUCAUCGCUACUCUCCGCCUGUUUGGCACAUCCACCGACUUGCGCCCGUGGUCGCGAUUAGGGGACUGGGGAGUUUAUGAGUUUGAGGAUACUGAUGAGCCUCUCGCUGACCUCCCUGCUCCCCAUGAGACGGACCGCUAUUUACUGGGCGUGGGCAAAGCCGACAUUACCGGCCCUGUCGUUGAGCUCAACAUGAUGGGCUAUGCGGACACCAAUCAGAUCGGCAGCGGCUUACGCCAGCGUCUAUACUCGCGUGCUUUUAUUGUUGGCGAUCUUGAUAAUCCCAAGGAUCGGUUCAUCUACCUCGUCCUCGAUACCCAGUCUGGCGAUACUGCUGUUCGGUUUGGCAUUCUCUAUGGCCUGCAAAAGCUUGGCCCAGGAUAUUCCAUGUAUAAUCACGACAACCUGGCAGUGACCGCCACGCAUUCACACUCUGGUCCCGGAGCCUGGGUGAAUUACUUGCUGCCGCAAAUCACAAGCAAGGGUUUCGAUAAGCAGAGCUACCAGGCCAUUGUAGACGGUUGCCUGCUGUCCAUCCAGCGGGCGCAUGAGAGCCUCGCUGCAGGUACUCUCAGCGUCGGCAAGACCAAGAUUUUCGGUGCCAACAUCAACCGCAGUCUAUUUUCUUACCACGCAAAUCCUGAAGAGGAGCGAGCGCGCUACAACAUUAGCACGGAAGACGACGGCUCCGUCGAAAAGGAUAUCACGGUUCUCAAGUUCCAGAGAGAGGCUGAUGGUAAAAAUAUCGGCGUGCUUACAUGGUUCCCCACGCACGGCACUUCGAUGCAGGCCAAUAAUACUCUGAUUACGGGCGAUAACAAGGGACUCGCAGCAGACCUCUUCGAGCGUCAGGUCCGUGGCGGAAGCGGCGAGACGGACGACUUUGUGGCUGGCUUCUCGCAAGCCAACAUGGGAGACGCAAGCCCGAAUGUUCUUGGUGCAUACUGCGAAGACACGGGUGAGCCUUGCGACUUCAAGACUAGUAGCUGCAGCGACGGACGUCCUGGGUUCUGCCGCAGCCGCGGACCUCUUUUCCUCAAGAAUGAUUACGGAGCGUCGUCUUGUUACGAGAUUGCUCGGUUGCAGGUUGAGGGCGCCAUGAGCGUGUACAAGGAGCUCAACGAGAAGACGAACAAUGUCAGAGGCGUAGGCGUCAAGGCGGUGCACGAGUUUCACGACAUGGCUGGAUACGAAUUUGUACUUACCAAUGGCACCGCGGCUCGGACGUGCCCGGCCGCUUUGGGAUACUCAUUCGGAGGCGGAACGAGCGACGAGCCGGGGCACUUUGACCUCAUUCAACACGGCAGCAACAUGACGAAUUCCUCUCCCAUCUGGCGCGUCGUGCGCUGGCUGCUCAAACCGCCUAGCCAGGAGCAGAUGGACUGCCAGCAUCCCAAGCCCAUCAUUCUGGACGUGGGAGAGGUGGGGCGGCCGUAUGAAUGGACGCCCAACAUUGUCGACGUGCAGACGUUUCGCGUUGGCCAGCUCUUGAUCGUGGUCAGCCCGGGAGAGGCUACGACGAUGGCGGGAAGACGCUGGAAGGAGGCCGUUGCAGCGCAGAGCAAGGAGCAGAUGAAGGAGGACUUGGCCGGCCAGGAGCCGAUUGUGGUGAUUGGCGCUCCCAGCAACAGCUACACGCAUUACAUUACUACGGAGCAAGAGUACAAUAUCCAACGUUAUGAAGGCGCCUCGACACUGUACGGCGCGCACACGUUGUCGGCGUACAUCAAUCGUACGUUGGAGACGCUGCACUACCUCAAGGCCACGCACGCGACGCCGCGCGCCGGCCGCAAAGUGCGCCGACUACCGCCGGAUAAUAGCCUCAAGGCCGUGAGCUUCAUCACCGGCGUCGUGUACGACCGGACGUGGUCGGGCCCGUACGGCAGCAUCAGCAAAGACGUGGGCAAGACGCGGUUCCGGCGGGGCGAGACGGUGACGGCGCGCUUCGUCGGCGCCAACCCGCGCAACAACCUACGUCUGGAGCAGACGUACGCGGCCGUCGAGCGCAGAACUGCGGAGGCCGGGUCCGGGUCCGGGUCCGGGGCCGAGUGGACGACGGUGCGCGACGACUCGGACUGGGCGCUCGCGUUUCGCUGGAAACGGCUGUCGGCCUUGCGCGGCACGAGUGAGGUGACACUGGAGUGGGAGGUGGAGGAGUGGGCGGCGGACGGCGAGUACAGGUUGAGGUACUUUGGAGAUGCCAAGACGUUUGGGGGCAAGAUUACGGCUUUUGAGGGUGUAAGCUCGACAUUUUACGUUGAAUAG